GUAUGAAAGCGGCCUGGAAAGCAUUAUGUAUGUGUCCCACAGUUGCUCGACGCCCACCCAUGCGUAUAUAUAUGGUUAUUUCUCGGCUCCCCCGGCGUCCGCUACCUUGCGUCCCCCCCCCGUCCCAUGCGAUUGCAACGCGCAUCACCUGGCGUGCGUUGCUCCCUUUUCCCUUACACGAAGCCAUACCACCUCUGAGGUCUGGCAUCUGAGCGGCGCCGCCACUGAUCAGACGCACAGAAACCUACAAGUCGCCACACGUAUCCAAGCACAAGCGCGACACCGUUGCCCAGCAUGACCGACGCAGGUUCCCCCGUCAAGAGAAAGUGGAAUGAGGUGAACAAGGUCGGCCUCAUUUUCGCCUGUGGCACAGCCCUCUUCUCGGACGGCUACGUGAACGCCAUCUCGGGCUCGGUCAACACGAUCCUCAAGAAUCACAUCUACGCCAACUACGACGAGGCUAAGCUCAAGCACUUCUCCUCCUCCUUCUCGAGUGUCGCGUUCGCCGGCACCGUUAUCGGCAUGCUCACCUUUGGCGUCCUCGCCGAUGUCGUCGGGAGAAAGUUUGGCAUGAUCUUCGCCAGCCUCUGGCUCACGCUCUGGAGCAUCCUCGCCGCCGGCGCCUGGGGUGCCAACGGCAACACCGGAGGCCUUUUCGCCGCGCUCAUCGCAUACCGCUUCUUGAUUGGCAUCGGUAUUGGGGCCGAGUACCCGGCCGGCUCCGUCGCCGCGUCCGAGAACACCGAGGCAGAAGGUGUGUCGAAGAAGCGCCAGCAGAUGUACUUUUCGCUCGCCACCAACACCGCCAUCGACUGGGGCUUUGUUGUCGCCUCCUUUGUUCCUCUCGUCCUGCUCUGGAUCUGCGGCACCUCAACGCACGGUCUGACGAUCGUCUGGCGCCUUAGCCUCGGCCUUGGUGCAAUUCCCCCGCUCGCUGUGCUCCUGUUCCGCACGCGCAUGCAAGAGCCAACCUCGUACCAAAAGAACAAGAUAAGCUGGAAAAAGCUUCCCUGGGGCCUUGUGCUCAAGCGAUACUGGCUCCGCUUCACGGCCGUCUGCCUGGCUUGGUGGUGCUACGACUGGGUCUCGUACCCCGCCGGUAUCUACUCGUCUCUGAUCGCCGAGCAGCUCGUGCCCGGCACGGGCGCCGAGACGCUGUACGCUACGUUCGGGUGGAGUACACUGAUUAACUUCUUUUAUGUCAUUGGGACCAUGGUUGGCGCCAUCUUCAUCAUUGACCGCCUCGGCCCAAAGAACACGAUGAUCUUUGGCCUGGUCAUGCAAGCGGCAUUUGCAUUUGGUCUCGCUGGCGGCUACGCCUACCUGAGCCGCCACAUUGGCGGCUUUGUCGUCGUCUACGGCCUUUUCCUCGCCUUCGGCGAGAUCGGCCCAGGCAACUGCCUUGGCCUGCUCGCGUCGAAGGCUGUCGCUCCGACUGCGAUCCGCGGCGUCGCGUACGGCGUCGCCGCCGCCAUCGGCAAGAUCGGCGCAUUUGUCGGCACGUACGUCUUCAACGAAAUCCAGGCCGACUUUGCAGCAUACCCGAACGGCGAAGUGCUGCAGUACAGCGGAACGUUCUACAUCUCUGGUGUCCUCGCGCUUUUCUCGGCCGUCAUCGUCUAUUUCUUUAUCCCCCCCGUCGUGCCAGACGGUAUGAAGAAGGAGGACGAAGCGUUCAUCGCGUACCUCGAGCAGCACGGCUACAGCGCCCGCGAGCUCGGCCUUGUCCCCGACGAGGACCCGGACGCUGUCGAGAAAGCAAAUGGAGACAACAUCGGCAGCGAGGAUGGCGAUGCAAAGCAGGAGAGCAUCGAGAAGCAUGACGAUGAGCAGCCGGACGCGAUUAGGACUAGCACCGUCGAGCUCAAGGCUUAGGUGAGCAGAUCGCUUUUUUGCUUGCUGCAUAUUGCUGGCUGCUCCAUUCUACCUCGACACCAGCGCGCUUGCAACAUGUAUAUUCCUUCACUGAGCUAAAGGUCCGUCCUACCUUGCUCCGGCUACCCUCGCUUUUUUCCCUCGCUCAGUUCGCUCGAACGAGUUUUGCCGUGUAUAUGAAAAUUAUAUAUCCCUCCUAGCGUAUACAUACACACUAGUGGGCGUAACGAGGCUCAUUUGUUGGCAACGGGCAAC